AUGAUGAAGAGAACGGGUCCCCGCUUGGGCCCUGACGAGCCCUCGCAGCUAACCCCAUCACCCGCUCAGAUACAACAAGCGGGUGCGAGUAACAUACAUAAUAUAAGUCAAUCCGGACAACCGCAAUUAUUGGGUGCAGCUACUAUGCUGUCUGUGGGCGGAAACUUCAGUCGUCCGCGUGGCAAUCCGCCGGUCAUCAACUAUUUGAAGGCUAACACGGUGCAGUACGCGCCGCCUAAACCACAGGCGCCUAGACUCAAGCUGGUCAGCCAGCAGCCAGCAAUGAUCCCCGGUCGCCAAUCUCCACUGGGUGCUCCGCUGCCAGCACCCCCGGCUGCACAAUUCCAACGCUUGAAGGUGGAGGAUGCCCUAUCAUACCUCGACCAAGUCAAGUACAAAUUCAACACACAGCCCCAGGUCUACAAUGACUUUCUUGAUAUAAUGAAGGAAUUUAAGAGCCAGACUGUCGCUUCCAGGAUCGACACGCCCGGAGUCAUCACGCGGGUAUCGAACCUGUUCAAGGGACAUCCGGAGCUGAUCGUUGGCUUCAACACCUUCCUUCCGCCCGGGUAUAAGAUCGAAGUACAGAGUAAUGGACAGGUAUCAGUGUCGAUGCCAUCGCCCACCGGUGCAGGCUGCCCACCAGCGGGCGCCGUGGGCGUGGGCGUGGGCGCCAGUGGUGGCGUGGGCGUGGGCGCUGGUGGUAACGCUGUCGGCGUGACCGGCGCCGGUGUGAUGAUGGGCGUGCACCAUCCGCCACCACAACCACAACUCGUCCAUUUACUGCCUGUACCACAGUCCGUCAGUAACGCGAUAGUUCACAACCUGUCAGUGAACGCAACGGCUACCAACACCCUGCAUCAUAUAUCACAAGCUCAUCAGCAGAUCGAGGCUGCAGCUAUACAUCAUCCUCCAGGUUCAGCAGCUAACGCCAGCGCCAGUCACGCUGCCGCGGGACAACCGGUGGAGUUCAACCACGCUAUUGAAUACGUUAAUAAGAUUAAGUCCCGUUUCUCACGCCAACCGGACAAAUAUAAGCGUUUCCUUGAGAUACUACACGCGUACCAGAGGGGCCAUCGGGAUCUGAAGGAACCUCACGCCAAGCAGCAGACGGAACAGGAGGUUUACGCACAGGUGGCGAAAUUAUUUGAGAAGCAAGACGACCUGUUGGCAGAGUUCGGCCAAUUCUUACCUGACGCGAAAGCUGUCACCAAGCCGACUCACAUACCACCACAUUCAAGAUCACCACCGCCCCAGGUCCGUAUGGAAGCAGAACUAGACCGCUUCCCAAGCUCGACGCCGUCAUCCCCUCCACACGGCGCCGUGACACACGUGACACCCGCCCCUACUGCGACACACGUGACACACGGGACCCACGUGACACACGCGACACACGCUCACGUCCCGCCACAGACACAUCCAGUACACACACAGCCGCCUGCGCCGAAACACACUAGCGCCGCUGUAGUCACUCCCCAACAUCACCUGAAACGAUCGCCGAGCUUCACGUCAACAACUCAAAUAAGUUCAGGUGCGCCAGCAGCCAAGCGAGCCCGAGUCCGUGAUCUAUCAGUCUCGGAGGCUGGUAAGAUGGCCGCUGCCAGUGACUACUCAUUCUUUGAUCGUGCAAGGAAGGCCUUAAGAUCACAACAUGUAUAUGACAACUUUUUAAGAUGUCUCCUGUUAUUUACAAACGAGAUAAUAUCAUCGUCUGAACUAUUAUGUGUGACGGCACCAUUUCUGUGUCGUCACCCUGAACUACAGAAAUGGCUUCAAGACUUUGUGGGACCGGUGUCACCACCACAUACUCCUACAACAACACAUACAGGUGGUUACAACAACAAUUUCACAAGUUCAAGCAACCUUCUAUACGAACGUACUCGCUUAGGGUCCGAGGGUAAAACUAGAUAUGAGCCCCUGGGUCCACUCGGAGCUCAAAUGAGACACGAAAGACCUCAAGGCGACGCUGCUAUGGAUAUAGAUCUAUCGACGUGUAAACGUCUGGGCACUUCGUACUGCGCCCUGCCAAGAGAAGCGGCCGCUAGGAAAUGUUCGGGACGAACACCGCUCUGCAAGGAGGUACUAAAUGACACGUGGGUGUCGUUCCCUACGUGGAGCGAGGAUUCUACUUUCGUUACAUCACGGAAGACUCAGUAUGAAGAAUAUAUCUACCGCUGUGAAGAUGAGAGAUUUGAGCUGGACGUGGUGAUAGAGACGAACGCGGCAACAAUCAGAGUAUUAGAAGGAGCUCAGAAGAAGUUAUCACGAAUGAGUCCCGAGGACGCUGCCAAGUACCGCCUGGACGACUGUCUCGGAGGACAUUCACCCACCAUACACCAGAGGGCGCUCAAGAGGAUCUACGGCGACAAGGCUGUGGAUAUUAUAGCUGGUUUGAAGAAGAAUCCUGUUGUGGCCGUGCCUGUAGUGCUGAGACGACUUAAAGCCAAGGAGGAGGAGUGGAGGGAGGCACAGAAGGGCUUCAACAAACAAUGGCGCGAACAAAACGAGAAGUAUUAUCUCAAGUCCUUAGAUCACCAAGGGAUAACGUUUAAGCAGAACGAUUUGAAGGCGUUGCGGUCCAAGUGUUUGUUUAACGAAGUUGAAAGUGCGUUCGCUGUGAGGAAGCCCGGGCCACAUCUGAUAAGUGACUAUGGCACCAAGUCACGACAUGAAGCUAUCAAGAUAGCUCGUGACGCAGCGGAACUGCUGAUACAUCACGCGCGGCGCCAGACGGGCAUCCAGAAGGCUGAGAAGAGACGCAUCAAGUUGCUGCUCAGACAGUUCCUACCGGACCUCAUGGCGCAUCCCAGACUACCGCUCAGCGACGACGAACAUGAAGAAGAAAAAGAAGAACCUACUAGUCCCGGCAGCCCGGCGGCCGAUCAGGCUGACGAAAAGACGACAGUCAAAAAUGAAAAGCAAGAGUCGUCGGAAUCAGAUAACGCUUCUGAUAAAAGUAGCCGCAACAACAAAAAUGAUAAAGAAAACAAGCCAAAAAAUAACAACAUGGAUACUAAAGACAGCACAAAUUCAAUAAAGCGAAGCAUCAGCAAUGAAGAGGCCAGCAUCAAAAUGGAGCUGAAGAAUGAAAACGAUCUCGAAGAUGAUUAUAGAGAUCACCCGCCUAAUGAGUCACGUUUCGUAUGUACAUCAUCGUGGUACUUAUUCCUACGGCUGCACGGUGUGUUAUGCGCGAGGCUCUGCGGUGCUAGACAGGCGGCGCAGCAGCUAGCCGCUGGUGAAGCAGCACGAGCCUCCACACGACCGCCCAGCGUGGCGGCCGCGCUGCGACUGAAACCAACCAAUCUGCCAGCGGAUGCGUCAUCACCAUCAGAGUACUACAACGCUUUACUGGAGUUGGUUAAAGGAGUCUUAGAUGGGAAUGUGGAGUCAUCGGCGUAUGAAGACGCGGCCAGAGAAAUGCUUGGCAUUAAGGCUUACCCUCUAUAUACACUAGAUAAAGUCGUAUCUAUAGCUGUUAGACAGCUCCAACAUUGCGUGUCCGAGAGUUGGUCGGUCCGCGCGACCGAGCUAGCAUCGCGCGGUCCCAGAGGCCCGCCCUACAUAAGACGAGCAUUAAGAGCUCUUAGACCGCAUCAUACAGCCUUCCUUGUUACAUUUUACUUCGGUGACACAUGCAAGGUUGGCUUCGAGUUGAUGGAAGCGGCCGGCGAGGGUCGAGCCUCUCCUCACAGAGAUCAACGCUUGUCACCCACACAGUCCCGUAGAGACACAAACGGCGAUUCAUCAGUUCGUCACGGCGUAUGGUCACCAUAUCGUUAUGCACCUAUCGCUACCAACAAGCCGGUGUUCUUAAGGCGUAACGCGCGUCGAUCAGGAGCCGGGGCUACGGGCGCACACACGGCUAGCGCUCCGCCGGACGUCAGCGAAGCCCCCGCACAUACUAGGAGAAGGAAACCGCCGAGACUACACGACCACGAGUGUGGAGUCACCAGCGGGGCCAGACUGGCAGCGUGUCGCCCGCACCAGUUAUACCGCGCGGGUUGUCUGACAGCGGCCCGCGUGUCACACGCGCGACUAUCAAACGCCAGGAGGAACAGAUUCAGGAACUGGCUCGACACGAGGACGCGUUAA